UGCAUUUACAGUGAUUUACCUUACUGGACUGACUGCCCUGUGCUUUUUAGACGGGCGAGCUUUGUUGCGGUAACGCCUCAACCUCAACCUCGUCGACUUUUUCUACCUCAUCCUCCCCCUUCCUCUCCACAAUCCGUCUGUCCUCCAUUGUCUUUCCCACACAACCCACAUCAUGCUUUCCAGUCGUUUAAUAUCACGAGCUGUUGCUCGCCCGGCUUUCCAGAAGUCUACGCUCCCCAGCGUUGUCGCUUCCUCAUCGCUGUCGCGAUUCAGCCGUGGAUAUGCCUCUUCAGCUGAGGAAAAGGAUCUCGUUGUUAUCGGUGGCGGCGUUGCUGGCUACGUCGCUGCUAUCAAGGCUGGUCAAGAGGGCAUGAAGGUUACCUGCAUUGAGAAGCGUGGCUCCCUUGGCGGUACCUGCUUGAACGUCGGCUGCAUUCCCUCAAAAUCUCUCCUCAACAACUCGCAUCUCUACCAUCAGAUUCUCCACGACACCAAGGCCCGCGGUAUUGAGGUCGGCGAGGUCAAGCUUAACCUGGCCAACUUCAUGAAGGCCAAGGAGACUUCCGUCAGCGGUCUCACCAAGGGUAUCGAGUACCUCUUCAAGAAGAACGGCGUCGAGUACAUCAAAGGUGCUGGUUCUUUCGUCAACGAGCAUGAGAUCAAGGUCGACCUCAACGAGGGCGGUGAGACCAGCGUUCGCGGCAAGAACAUCCUUAUUGCUACUGGUUCCGAGGCCACUCCUUUCCCCGGUCUUGAGAUUGACGAGAAGCGCGUCAUCACCAGCACUGGCGCUAUCGCCCUUGAGCAGGUCCCUGAGACCAUGACCGUCAUUGGUGGUGGUAUCAUUGGUCUCGAGAUGGCCUCCGUCUGGUCGCGACUUGGCUCUAAGGUCACCAUUGUCGAGUUCCUCGGCCAGAUUGGUGGCCCCGGUAUGGACACUGAGAUCGCCAAGAACACCCAGAAGAUCCUCAAGAAGCAGGGUCUUGAGUUCAAGCUUAACACCAAGGUUGUCAGCGGUGACAAGUCUGGCGACAAGGUCAAGCUCGAGGUUGACUCCGCUAAGGGUGGCAAGCCCGAGUCUAUCGAGUCCGACGUCGUCCUCGUUGCCAUUGGCCGACGACCUUACACCGGCGGCCUCGGCCUUGAGAACAUUGGCCUCGAGGCUGACGACCGCGGCCGUGUCAUCAUUGACUCCGAGUACCGAACCAAGAUCCCCCACAUCCGAUGUGUUGGUGAUGUCACCUUCGGCCCCAUGCUUGCCCACAAGGCCGAGGAGGAGGCUGUUGCCGUUGUCGAGUACAUCAAGAAGGGUUAUGGCCAUGUCAACUAUGGUGCCAUUCCCUCCGUCAUGUACACCCACCCUGAGGUCGCCUGGGUCGGCCAGAGUGAGCAGGACCUGAAGAACCAGAACAUCCCUUACCGAGUCGGAACCUUCCCCUUCGUUGCCAACUCCCGAGCCAAGACCAACCAGGACACUGAGGGUAUGGUCAAGAUGCUCGCUGACCCCGAGACUGACCGCAUCCUCGGUGUUCACAUCAUCGGCCCCAACGCUGGUGAGAUGAUUGCUGAGGGUACUCUGGCUCUCGAGUACGGUGCUUCCAGCGAGGAUAUUGCCCGAACCUGCCACGCCCACCCCACACUUGCUGAGGCCUUCAAGGAGGCUGCCAUGGCCACUCACGCCAAGGCCAUCCACUUCUAAGCAAUGCUUGAGCGGUCGAAACUGGUCGGAUAAGUUGCUGGGUGCCAAUGGCUACAGAUGGGUCAAGUUGGUACCGGCAGGUCUCUUCUGUGCUCUUUGCGGCGAGAAUGGACAGUCUUGAAUGCAUAGACUUGAUAGCGCGUCUGUAGUCGCCGAGAACAUAACAAAAAGGAUGACACAGGGUCUAGAGGAGGCCUCGCAAGGAUAGUGCGAACGGGAUAGAGCCCGGGGCAUCUCGGACUCUGGGUUGUGUAAACUAGUAAUAAUUUCUGCCUGUUCAAGCAUGAUGUAUGGAAAUCACACGGCAAGAUGCGUGGCUUGCGUUUUAAGAUUAUUAGUUGAGCUCGCAAUGCGUGAAAGAAGAAUACAAAUUAUAUGAUCAAUAACUCAAUGUUCUA